GGCGCACACGGGCGGCCGUCGAGGCGCCCCCGGGGGCGCGCCGGGCACCAUGCGUCCCCGCCUGCUGCUGCUGCUCGCCUGCGCCGCGCACGCCGUGGGCGCCCUCCCCAGACUGUGUGAUGUGCUGCAGGUGCUGCGGGAAGAACGGGACCAGUGCCUCCAGGAACUCUCCAAAGAGAAACCAGGAGACCUGGGCAUGGAGCAACCAGCCCCAGGUUGCGAGGGGCUGUGGGACAACAUGAGCUGCUGGCCCUCCUCCUUUCUGGGACAGACUGUGGAAGUGGGGUGCCCGCAAUUCCUCCGGAUGCUCACUGGCAGAAACGGUUCCAUGUUUCGAAACUGCACGCAGGAUGGCUGGUCGGAGACCUUCCCCAGGCCGGACCUGGCCUGUGGGGUUAACGUGAAUGAUUCGUCCAAUGAGAAGCGGCACGAGUACCUGAUGAAGCUGAAGGUCAUGUACACCGUGGGCUAUAGCUCCUCCCUGGUGAUGCUCCUGGUCGCCCUCAGCAUCCUCUGUGCUUUCCGGAGGCUCCACUGCACCCGAAACUACAUCCAUAUGCACCUUUUCGUGUCCUUCAUCCUGCGUGCCCUGUCCAACUUCAUCAAGGACGCGGUGCUCUUCUCCUCGGACGAUGUUGCUCACUGUGAUGCCCACAGGGUGGGCUGUAAGCUGGUCAUGGCUUUCUUCCAGUACUGCAUCAUGGCCAACUACGCCUGGCUGCUGGUAGAAGGCCUCUACCUUCACACACUCCUCGUCAUCUCUUUCUUCUCGGAAAGGAAGUGCCUCCAGGGAUUUGUUGCCCUCGGAUGGGGUUCCCCGGCCAUUUUUGUUGCUUCGUGGGCUAUCAGCAGGCACUUUCUGGAAGAUGUCGGGUGCUGGGAUGUCAAUGCCAAUGAGUCCAUCUGGUGGGUCAUUCGGGGGCCCGUGAUCCUCUCCAUCCUGAUUAACUUCAUCCUUUUUAUAAACAUUCUAAGAAUCCUGAUGAGAAAACUUAGAACCCAAGAAACAAGAGGAAAAGAAAUGAACCAUUAUAAGCGCCUGGCCAAGUCCACCCUCCUGCUGAUCCCGCUCUUUGGAGUCCACUACAUCAUCUUCGCCUUUUCCCCAGAGGACGCCAUGGAGGUCCAGUUGUUCUUUGAAUUGGCCCUUGGCUCCUUCCAGGGCCUGGUGGUGGCCGUCCUCUACUGCUUCCUCAAUGGGGAGGUGCAGCUGGAGGUGCAGAAGAAGUGGCAGCAGUGGCAUCUCCGCGAGCUCCUCCUGCGCCCCGUGGCCCUCAGCACCUCCUUCAGCAAUGGCACCAGCGGCCUCACUGGCUUUACCCACAGCACCAAGGCCAGCACCUCAGAGCAGAGCCGGGCCGCCUACAGGGCCAGUGUCAUUUGAGGGUCUGGAGCAGGGCCAGUCACAGGACAGACAGAUGCCAAGACAGGUCGUGAGAAGGCCAGACACUGCUGCAGGACAGUUCUCUGCAGACAUCAUCUGUUCCUCCUGGGAC